AUGGUAUCUGUGCUCCAGAAUGUCAAGGCAACAAUGGCCUGGCGGAAACACCAGCUUCUAUCUGACUUUGAUGAGAAUGAGAGCCCUGUACCGGACAAAUUCAAGAGAAGGGCUUCUUUGAAUUCUCUCAAUACCAUCCGCAUGUCUCUAAGGAAGCGAGUACCUUUAAAGCAAGUAGAGCUGAAUUUUCAUAAGACCCCAACUUGGGAAAGUCUGGAAGCAAGACAGAAGUGCCAAACUCUUCAGAGUGUUAAAAGAACAGCAAAAAAUUCUUUUGGAACAGUGUCCCAGAAAAUGCAGAAGUCUUGCCAAAGCCCCGUACAGUCUAUGGUGACCUUUCCAGCUGAAUCCACCAGCAGAAGCUGUGUAAACAGUUCUGCCAAGAAAAGUAGUGCUAUACCUCGAACCCCUUGCUGUAAGCAGGGUAUUACUCCAGCAUCCAGUUCCAAAGGCACUCCAAGAUCCAGCAAAAGAGCCUUGCGUGUGCCAACAGUGGUGUCGGAACAUAGAGAAUGGAGAGGUUUCUCAUCCUGGCUUGGUAGAGAUGCUGUCCCUCUCCGGAGAUCAAGAAGAGCAGCAGCACUGAAGAGCCCUUAUUUAUCACCUGCUCCUACUAGCAGAAAGAUAGGGUUGGACUGCGAGUUGGAGCUGGUCUCAGGGAUUUGCCGGUUGAAGCAUAUCUCCCAGGCAUUUGAUGAUGCCAUUGUGCAAGAGGAGAGGCAACAUGCAGUAUCAAACUACUACUACCUAGUGGCACAAAAUUUACAGUCUGCGCGUCAGUCUUGGAAACUUUCUCAGCAAGCAAAGAAACUCCAUCAAGCACUUGGUACCUAG